AUGGCGCACAUCCGAGGGCCGUGGCUACCUGGUUGCCUGGUUUUGGUUGCCCUGUUUAGCCUUGUGCACAGCCAGCAUGUGUUCCUGGCCCCUCAGCAAGCACUAUCGCUGCUCCAGCGCACCCGACGUGCCAACAGUGGCAUCCUGGAGGAGCUGCGCCAGGGCAACCUGGAGCGAGAGUGCCUGGAGGAGCUGUGCAACUACGAGGAGGCCUACGAGGCCUUGGAGUCCACCACUGCCACGGAUGCGUUCUGGGUCAAGUACACAGCUUGUGACUCGGUGAAGAAAUCUCGAGAAAAGCUCGUUGAAUGUCUGGAUGGUAACUGUGCCGAAGAUCUGGGCAUGAACUACCGAGGGAAUGUGAGCUUCACCCGGUCUGGCAUCGAGUGCCAGCUAUGGAGGAGUCGCUACCCACAUAAGCCUGAAAUCAACUCCACCACCCACCCUGAGGCAGACCUGCAGGAGAAUUUCUGCCGCAACCCAGAUGGCAGCACCACCGGGCCCUGGUGCUACACUUCGGACCCCACCGUGCGGAGGGAGGAGUGCAGCAUCCCUGUCUGUGGCAAAAGGGAGGUCACUGCAGAGCUGACCCCACGCACCAGGAUCUCCACGGGGAACCCGUUGCCUUCGUCGGACCAGUGUGUUCCCGAUCGUGGCCGGCAUUACAACGGUCGCCUGGCGGUGACCGUGAGCGGGUCCCCCUGCCUGGCCUGGGCCAGCGAGCAGGUCAAGGCCCUGACCAAGGACCGGGGCUUCACUCCGCCGGUGCCGCUGGAGGAGAACUUCUGUCGAAACCCAGACGGCGACGAGGAGGGCGCGUGGUGCUACGUGGGCGGGAAGCCUGGCGACCUGGAGUACUGCGACCUGAACUACUGCGAGGAGCCGGUGGACGACGUGACGGUCGACGGGCUGGACCAGGACCAGGACAAUGACAUGCAGGGGCGCACCACCGUGGAGGAGUUCCAGCUCUUCUUCGACGAGAAGACCUUCGGCGCGGGGGAGGCAGACUGCGGGCUGCGGCCCCUGUUUGAGAAGAAGUCGCGGGAAGACAAAACGGAGCAGGAGCUUCUGGAGUCCUACAUCGACGGGCGCAUCGUGGAGGGCUGGGACGCCGAGAUGGGCCUGGCGCCCUGGCAGGUGAUGCUUUUUCGGAAGAGUCCCCAGGAGCUGCUGUGCGGAGGCAGCCUCAUCAGUGACCGCUGGGUCCUCACUGCUGCCCACUGUCUCCUGUACCCACCUUGGGACAAGAACUUCACUGAGAACGACCUUCUGGUGCGCAUUGGCAAGCAUUCCCGCACCAGGUAUGAGCGAGGCAUGGAAAAGAUCUCCAUGCUGGAAAAGAUCUACAUCCAUCCCAGGUACAACUGGAGGGAUCUCCUGGACCGUGACAUCGCCCUGCUGAAGCUCAAGAGGCCCAUUACCUUCAGCAACUACAUCCACCCCGUGUGCCUGCCCGACAAGAAGACGGCAGUCAGUUUGCUCCAGGAUGGACACAAAGGGCGGGUGACCGGCUGGGGCAACCUGAAGGAGACGUGGACAGCCAGUACCGCAGAGGUGCAGCCCAGCGUCCUGCAGGUGGUGAAUGUGCCCAUCGUGGAGCGUCCGGUCUGCAAGGCCUCCACCCGCAUCCGCAUCACUGACAACAUGUUCUGUGCUGGUUAUAAGCCCGAUGAAGGAAAACGAGGGGAUUCUUGUGAAGGUGACAGUGGGGGACCCUUUGUCAUGAAGAGCUUCACUAACAACCGCUGGUAUCAAAUGGGCAUCGUCUCGUGGGGUGAAGGCUGUGACAGGGAUGGAAAAUAUGGCUUCUACACACAUGUGUUCCGCCUGAAGAAGUGGAUAAAGAAGGUCAUUGAUGGGUCUGAAAGUUAGGGGCCACCCACAUUCUAGGCUCCUCACUGUAAGAUCAUAGAAACCAAUCCGGGGAAAGAACUAUUUUUGUGGUUUGUUCCUAAAACUCUGGUUCUCAAUAAAGUGACUCUAUCUAUGAG